AGAGGAAAAGGAAAAAAGGCUGUGAGAAAUGAUCGUACUCAGUUCCGCGAGAGUUUUAUCAGGGCGAGAUUAAGCGACACUGUAUAUGUAGAUACACGUAUAUAAUAUAAAUGUAUAUAUAUGUACAUAUAUAUUUGCUGGCGACCAUUUAUUCGAACGAACAAUGCUGUUUUGUGGCUUGAAAAUAUGUACUGUCGGGCCACUCGGGUGACUCGUUUUUCCAUCAAUAAAGCAGAGAAUAACAUCGGUUGCUUUAACGUCGGGGCAGUGGAUCGCACAAGCGCGCGAUAAAACCAAUUGCAUAGACAACAGUUUUAUUGAUCCACACAUAUUCGUAUCCCCCGGGUAAGAAAUAGCAAGUCGAAACAGCGAACGUAUCGUAAAUCAUCCGCAUGGCGGAUAUUUCGCCGAGCUCUGGUGAAGUACAUAACUCUCGCGCGUUUUCCAUCUUUGUGCAGAAGCGGACGUGAAGGAUGAGGAUCCCGCAUACGAUAUCGAAGAACGUUGUAGCCGCUUACAGGUGCUCGCCGGAAACCUCACAGUUGCCGCAAGAGCACGGCAGAACGCUGCGGGCGGAAGAUGCCUCGUGGGACGACGCCGUAAUCCCCGAUUUAAAGAUUCUCGCGAUUCGUGCUAUAGUCUCGGCCUGGAAGGAUAAUCCUGUUCUGGAGGAUCUGCCGACGUGCGCCGACAGGGACGUGUUGCUGGAAACACUGCCGACUGAUCUACCCUUCGAAUUGACGAUACCGAGAAUCGAGGAUGGGUUUUAUUGGAAACGCGCGGCCAAGGACAGGUGGGAAUACAACGAUCCGGGCGAGCAUGGCGGCUCAUGGCGGCGAUUAUAUUGCGAACGCCACUUAGCCGAGUAUCUAGAAACUUUGGAGGCAAGCUACUUCGACCCCCAAAAGGAAGAAUGUGAGAACUUAAUGGCCCUCGUGAAGGACUAUGUACACGUUAUAAGGCUUCGUUCUCUUGUACCAACAAUAAAACAAACUAACGCGGAGGACGAUGAGUCAACUCUGGAGGAAGACGUCGCGCAUCACAUUCCCAUGGCAGUCAUACUCCCGCAAUUUCCACAUCUCACCGAGAUUUAUCUCAACUUCGGUAUGAUCUACAUGAACGACGGUUUCGAGUGGCGGGACUUCGAGUUCUCGCUGGAGGAUUGCCUGAGCCUGGGUGAGGGAAUUAAAGCCAGUCCGAAAUUGAAGAAAUUCAGUUUGACCCGAAGCAACUUGGAUCAGCCACGAGUCGCCGCUAUUCUCCAAGGGAUGGUGUCGAACGAUAACGUCGAGGAGUUGGAUCUGUCGCAUUGCAAAUUGAUGGAUAUCGGUGCUCACGCGGUCGGCGAAUUUCUGUCGAUGCACCAGGGACUGAGUACUCUGCAUUUGACGAACAACAAUAUAGGACCGGACGGAGUUGCCGGUAUCGUUUACGGAUUAAUGAAAGCGAAGUCGAUAAAUCUGAAGAAUUUGGAUCUCCGAUUAAAUCCUCUGCAAAACGAAGGACUUAAUCACAUAUGCGCUCUUCUGGUGCGAAACCAAACUUUGGAAACUUUAAAUAUCAGCGGCUGCGGAUUAGGUCCGGAAGACGGCAUCGCGCUGGCCGACCUGCUCUCUUCCGGUUACGUGAAACUCGAAGCUUUAUCUCUCGACGUGUCAAACAAUGAUUUUGGAUUUGCUGCUGGAGAGUCAUUCGAGGCGGCCGUGCGCUCGUGCCCGUACAUUAUCCACUUGGACGGUCGAAUGUGCAAUUUCUCGAAAGAAUCGGAAUGCUCGAUCAUGGAGAGCGCGCGCAGGAAUAAACAAAAUCUGAAAAAGGAGAAGGACAAGGUAGCAUUUUCCCAAAGCAGCAACGUCUAUAAUUCACCCAGCGCCAAGAGUCUGCAACAACAGCCGGAAGUCGGGUCGUCAUUCCCGAAAGAUAUUGUGCAACGUUUCACCGGCAGACAAAUCGAUGCCGAUGAGUAGGAGAAGAUGAAAUCAAUUCUCAAGACUCGACGUACAAAUGGCCCCGUCUAUUAGGAGAAGGAGACGAGCUCUCGUGCUCGUUGAAAAUUUAAGACGUCAGUAGCGACACGAUGUAUCCAGAAGAGUGCUUACCAGCCGGGUAUUUACGUAAUAAAACGAAGACGAUGGUCCGUAUACAGGCUCCAAGGAACAUCGCCAACUCUGAUUCCGAAUCGAUAAACCCACUUUUCGAAGAGAUCGAUAUAACACUUACACCUAUCAUGAAAUGAAAAAUUCCGAACGAUAAAAAUGACGUACUUCUGCAUUAUAUUAUAUGCGUUGUAGUUUAUUGUACAAUAAACGAUUGUAAAAUCCUCUA